AGAUCGGUCGGCGUUGAUACCUCCCCGAAGACGCUUCCGAUUCUUCCUAUCGGCGGAGCAUGAUCUCUCAUGACUACUUACGAUCGCGAAUACGACGAUGCGAGCGGGUUGUUCUACCACGUCAUACCUAAUCACUUACCUUCGCUUCGAAAGAGUACGUCUUACCUUACGCAUUGCGCUUUAAUGUGUUUCUAUAGUGUAAUCAUCCCACCCGCGUCUUUGUUGUAUCCUUAAUAUUUGAAAUGCGCAUUCAAAACCUCUGUACAACGCAAUUUGACUCGUGUGCGCGUGUGCCGCUGUUG